AUGAAAUUUAUAAUUGUUUUACUUUUAUUUUUUUUUUUUAAAGUGAUAGACAGGGUUAUAUGUGUAACCCCCCAAAAAUUGAUUUGUUUAAAAGAGGAUGUAUAUUUAGGGGACUUUUUUUUUUUUUUGAAAAGGAAGAAAUAUAUUAUGUACGAUGUAAAUAUAGGGGAAGGCUUCAACCUACAAAAAGAAAUAUUUUACAGACUAAGUUUGGUUAUCUAUAAUUUGAACAAGAAGGAUAAGAUAAACAUAUAUUAUCUUGUACUUCCACCUUGGUGUUAUGUUACACAUUGGAAUAUAAGAAAAGGAAAUAAUUUAAGGUGGGAAUUUUUUUUUAAUACAGAUAUUAUGAAGAAGGUUAUUCCUAUUAUCGAAUAUGAAGAAUAUGAAAAAUUAUAUGGGAAUUAUUCUGACAUUAUGAUAAAUAGUAAAUAUAUUCUUGAUAACUAUAAAGAGAAAAGUUUUCUUAUUUUACCUUUCGAAGAAUGUAAUAUUAAUGUUAAUAGGUUCAAACAAUUUUGUAAAAAAUGUGAACAUAAAUAUAAUGUUCUAUAUUCUGGUUAUUGUACAACUAUAAACACAAAACAGAGUGAAUGUUAUUCAUAUAAUAUGAUAAGUAAUUAUUUUAUAACUUCUAUAUUAGAAAAUUUAUUUCUAUAUAAUAUUACGUCUGUUUUAAUAAAACAAAGUACAAAUAUAUUAGUACCUUUUGUUAAUGAACUAUAUCAAAGUAAUUUAGAAGAUAUAUUAUUAUUUAAUAAUAAAUUAUUAUCAUAUGGUAAUAAUUAUAUAUCUAAUAUAUUAAAAACAAAUCAUUAUAUAAGUUCCCAUUUAAGAUAUACUGAUUUCAAAUAUAUAUCAAGAUAUAAUGUUCCUCCUAUUCAUAUCGCUUUACUAAAAUUAUUAUAUAUUAUGUUUAUAAAUAAUUGUCGUAUAAUUUUUAUAGCUUCUGAUGAAAAAGUAGAAAUACAAAAAGUUAUAAACAAAGAUUUUCAUCAAUAUAAAAAACAUUUUUAUUUUUAUAAUAAUCAAAAUAAUUUACAUGAAGGAGAAUUUUCGAUUAUUGAGCAAUGGAUUUGUACAAGGUCUUAUAUUUUUAUAGGUAAUAUCUUCUCAAGAUUUACUAUGAAUAUAAAUUGGGAAAGACAUUUAAUAAAUAAAGGACAAAUUAAUCAAAAUAUAGAUCUCUGUUCUUAUCAUAUAAAUGAUGAUAACGAUCAAGAUAUUAAAAAUAGUUAUAAAAAAAUUGUUCAUAUAUUUAAUCAUAAAGCAUUACAAAAAAUUAAAAAUAUAUAUGACAAUUAUUCAGACAGGGAUAAAAAAUAUAUUAAUACUAUAUGUUACAAUUUUCUUUCUCAUUUUCCUAAUAAUAGGAGUAUAUAUCGAAAGGAAUAUAUUACCAACACAUAA